CCUUGGGACACACGCCUUGUCUCUCUGAUCACUUUGGAUUGGAUUACCCCUUCUCCAAGUUCAACAAAAGGGUUUUGACCUUCGAGGUGAAUGACCAACCAAUUCACCGCCCUUUCGCCACCGUGAAACCCUAGUUGGUGUUUGAUCAUCUGCAAUUAAGCUACCUUUCAAUACACUCCACCCAUAAUUUUGAUCUUGCUCUUUGAUUCCACUCAGCUUCAAUUUGUUGAUUCUCAAAAGCUAUGGCUACAAGGAUUCUUGCUAACUUGAUUGUUAUGGGUGGGGGAAUGUUCGCUAAAGCAGUUGUUAAGGCAUAUCAUGAAGCACUUGCUAAGGCCUUACAAAAUGGUGUUGCCCAAGAGACAUUACAAAAUACUGUCCGCGGAGCUAGAAAAAUGAUGACAGAGCAAGAGGCUCGGCAGAUUCUUGGUGUUACUGAGGGAACUCCCUGGGGGGAGAUUCUCCAGAAAUAUGACAAUUUGUUUGAGAAAAAUUCCGAAAAAGGGAGUUUUUACCUCCAGUCUAAAGUUCACCGGGCUAAGGAAUGUCUGGAGGCUGUCCAUCGCUGAUCUGAUUUGGGAAAAUCCUAAUUGAAUUAUUAAUGAAUCAUUGUAGUGAAUCGAAUCUCUGGAAUAUUCUUAUUAUUGAUGAAUUCUUAUAGUGUGACUGACUUUUUUAUUUUCUUUCAUUUCUAUUUAAUUUUAAGUUCCUACCCGCCGAUAAGUUUUAGUAUAAGUGUUCGCAAUGCCAGAUUUUGGGCGUGAAUGCUCGCUGUCGAAAAUUUUGAGCUUGAGGCAAGAUUCAGGGUACCCUCAAUUGAGAAUUAGUUUUGCUCCAUCUUACUGCCCUUCUGUAAUCUUUUUUGCCACCUAAUUGUAUGCUAUUUGUUCACUCAAAAGUUUCUGAAACUAAACUUAGUUGGGAAUUGAUGGCAAAUGAUGAAGAACUGAAGCUAUUGUUGGAACAUUUUGUCAUGCAUUUUGUCAAAAACAACUGAUUGUCGAAGCAGAUGCCGUGGCAUCUGAUUUCGUGAAGCUAGGACAUCAGUCCUUUGCUGAAGUUUAAUUUUGUGGGCCCUCUGAAGAUUUGCUGAAGAUAUGUUUUUGAGUUACUUGAGGAGCAAGUAGCUAUUUCAGAAGGGUUUUAAUUAUUGGGUUGUUAUUUGUUGAAACAAUCUUUGAUAAAAGAUUUGUUUCUAUCUUUACUUGGGAAAAACGCAACAAGAUCUUUGGAGAUUCUGUUUUGAUUUGAUUAUUGUUGCAAUCUGUUACUUCAGCCCAAGCAAACCCUAGUGCCUACCUGCUGCUGCUGAAGUCUAUAAAAAGGAUGAAGACCUAAAGCUUGAAGACCACUGAAGCUAAUAGAGAGAGAUCAAGUGUUUUAGGGUUGUUCAUUGUUCUUUAUCCUUGUUUCUUGUGAACAAACUUUGCUCCAUGAUUCUAUAAAGCAAAGUUGUGUUCUGUGUUCUUUAAUUCUUCAAACUCUGAUUGUUGAUUGUUUGUUACCAAUCACUGUGGCAGUGAUUGAGAGAAAGGGAGAGGGACUCUCAUACUUAGGUUGAGAUACUAAGUAGAAAUACACUUGGGUAGAUUAGGAAGUGAACUAUGAACUGUGGUGUUCAUGAGUGUCUGUAAUUCCUGAAUCUUGAGAUAGUGGAUUUCCUUUCUUUGGGUGCAAACCCUCCAGACGUAGGUGAAGUUUCACCGAACUGGGUUACCAAUCUUCUGUGUUCUACUUUAUUAUUUUUCUGGUUUUGUUACUGUUAGUCAGUUGUCGAACCGGUUGUCCCAGCAUCGCGUUCGACAUCUGUCCUGUGCGAGAACUGU